ACCAUGUUUAUCAAGUUGGAUGGCAUUCAACAAUAAUUUUACUGCCAAAAUGACAUUUAUAUGUUUUACAAUGAGUUAUGAAAGUGAUCAAAUACAAUUUAAGAGUAUUGGUGAUGGCGAAUUCUGUUCUCAAGUUUAUCAGUGUGUGGCAUAUAUCACACAUAAAUGUCCUAUUUUACAAGAUUUAUUUCUCAAGUGGAUUACUCUCACACCCAGAGAAAAAUUUUUACUGAACUAUAUUGCAUUUUAUGUUUUUGAUAAGACACAAAUUGAAUUGUUCUCUCCUGUUAUUCAAGGGUUCAGCUAUUGGAAUAGUGUACAAGAUACCGAAGGUGCUUGUGGUUUUCAUGAAAACCCGCUUGAAUUCAAAUUUGAUCUAGACGAAGAGAAGCAAAUCUUCCAAAUAAUAAUGAUUAUAGAUCAGGUUGUGUCCAAUAUUUUGAUAAGACCCAUGCUAUGCAUAGAAAUAAAAAAAUUCAAGAGUGGUGACAGAUCAAGAUUAGAUCUCUUUCAUAAUGGCCAAGGAGACAAUUAAUUUUUUAAUGCUGCUUGAAUGAGUAUAAAACAAGAUGACUUAUUAUUUUAUUUAUUAUAAACUUUCUUGAGAAAUA